AUGCUUGCUACUGCUCAUCAUUCAAAUCGUUAUACAAAAUCAAGAAUAUAUGAAAAUGAAUGGAUAGAUAAUUCUAAUAAACGAAUUUCAUGGCUGAAUUAUUUUACAAUUCAGACAAUUCCAGAAGAAACUGAUAAUAUUGAUUGUCCAAUACGUAAUUAUAGUGACAGUGAUAGUUCUUCAUUAUCAUCAAUGGAAGAUUGUUAUGUUGUUUUUGAAGUUCAACGACCUCGUUCAACCACUGAAACAAGAAGUAUAAUAGAAAAGCAAUUAAAUUUUGCUCAAAUAAUCGACGAUAAGCAUCAUACGGAAUAUAAUCAAAUCGCUCAAUCAAUUAUAAAUGAGAUACCUUCAAAAGAACAUGCAAUAGAACAUCGAACAGAAUCAACAAUUUCUACACAACUAUCUAACAAUAUUCUUAUUCAUAAACCAAACAUAUUCAAUCAAUCUUCUUCGAUAUCGCACAAUAUUGCAAAAUUAAAAACAAAUUAUAAAACGACAGAACAUCGUUCAUUAUCGUUUUCAUCUAAGCCGAUAGAUGAAAAACAAUCAAGAUAUAAUUCUAAUUCAAUAGAAAGUCUAGAUUCAAUUGAAAAUGAUUCACCAGAAAGGCCUCGAAUAAUUACGACAUUUGCUCAUUUAUCAUUACAUCGUAAAUCAAAUCCUAUUCAAAUACAACAAGAAAAAUCAUUCAGGGGAAAAACAACCUUAACACGUACGUUUGCAUUCGAUCAUAUAUGUAUGGAAAAAUGUGAUCGUGUUAAUAAUGAAAAAAUUAUCAAUGUUGAAGCAAACAAUAACGAUGAAAUGAACCUUCCAUUUUAUUUGAAUAAUAAAUCAAAUACUAAUAAGAAUUCUUCAAUAUCAAAUGAUGUCAUGGAAACAUCUCCAUUGCUUCGUUCACUAAAAAAACGUUCUCGAGCUAUAAAAUCCGAAUAUUACUUACCUGAAGACGACAUUAAACCUAAUGAUACUUCAAUAUUUCAAAUGAAAUAUUUUGAUGGAAGACAUACAGUAGCAGAUCAUAAUACUCGAGCAUCAAUUGAAGAAUCUCAAUUUUUUUCAUCUUCAAUUUCAUCUCGAACGAGUUUAUCAAAAAUAUUUCAACCAGAUGAUAUAACAGCAAAUUCAUCGCUGCGAAAACGAAUAUUACAUCGUUUUCAAAAUUUUUUGAAACCUAAUUCAACUGAAAAAUCAAGGCCAUGGCAACACAAGACGAUCUUUGAACUUUUUACUGAUAGAAAAAGUAAAACUGAUCGUCAUUAA